GUUUUGUCAUUUAUUAAAAAGUCUAAAAUUUAAGCAAAAAUAUCCAAUUUAAAAUAAGUUUGCAAAAAAUGACAGUGUAAUGUUAGGAAGACUAGUGCUUUUUUUGCAGUGUAAGUUUCAAUUGCUAAUUGUUAAUAUGUUUGGGUGAUGAUGUUUGGCUGAGGGUUCUCUUAGAAUCUUAGAACCGAAACGCCCAUUUGUCUACCCAAGUUUUCGCUCUCUGUCGCCCUCUGUCUUCAGUCUUCUGUCUUUAGUCUUCAGUCUACAGUCUACAGGCUUCGGUCUUCUGCUUUCCACUUUCUUCACCUCUCUUCCGAUGUGUGCUCUUCUUCUAGCGGCGCUCUCUUCCACAGCGGAACGUAACCAUUUCGAAAUUUGUGUGUUUAUAUUUGAUUUUUUCGCCAGUUGGGCCAGUCGGCCGAGUGAAACUGAAAUGAAAGCGCCUCCCUCAUUUCCCAGCGAAUGCCGAGGCCAAAGCGAACGCGCCAAACGCCAAAAGAAAGAUACAAAUAGAGACACAAAAUAAAAUAACAAAAUAAAAAUAUCACCAACAAAAAAACAAAAAAAAAAAAAAAACACCGAAAAUUAAAACAAAAAAUAAAAAUAAAAGCCAAAACACACACACCACCAUUCAACGUAAACCAAACACGCAGUUUUUCGGAAAUUCCAUGAAAAAGUGCCUGACCAAAAAGUUUUUAGCCAAAUAUCGAAAGCAAACAGUCGGAAACUAUACAAAAAGAGCACAAAAACAAAAAACACAAUAGAAAACAAAGAGUUAUAAGAGAGAGAAAAAACAAAUUAAAACAAAAGUGGCCGCAGAAACCAAAGAUUGUUUAUUGAGUGAACUCAAGAAGAGCCAGGAAUUGCAGAAACAGCAGCUUUUCUACACGUUUCAGGAGCAGACGAAGCAGAUGGAAUUGGAGCACAAACUCCAACUGGAGCACAAGUAUCAUUUUGCGGUGAAUUCACAUGGCGCUUUCCAGGAAUUGCGAAACGAGACAAUGGUGACAGCCGCCGCUGCGGUGGCUGAGGAGCAACUGCGCCAGCACCAGCAGCAACAGCAACACCAGCAGCAACAUCAGCAGCAGCAGCAGCACCAACAUCAGCAACAGCAGCAACAUCAACAGCAACAACAGCAACAACAACGCGGCAGAGACGGCAUGAAACCCAAGCAGAUCUGCAGUGCAAAUGCCAGUCCCGAGGUCAAACAGAUUCUCAACUGCUUCAUCCUGAGCAGGAAAUCGCAGGCGGCGGCUUCGAAUGGCACAACGACAACGUCGCCCUACAGAAAUCGUGGAGUGGUGAAGAGCUCCUCGGGCGAAUCCCUCCCAGCUGGAACCGUGACCAGUGCGCAUCCGUACAAAAUACCUCAGCCGCCCUCCUCGCUGCUCAAAUACGAAUCUGAUUUUCCGCUGAGGAAGACAGCCUCCGAACCCAACCUGCUGAAGAUCCGGCUGAAGCAGAGCGUCAUCGAGCGGAAGGCCAGGAUCGGCGGACCGGCGGUCGCCCGGCGGCACGAACGCCUCCUCCAGGCGGCCCAGCGCAGGCAGCAGAAGAACUCCGUUCUCACAAAUUGCAACAGUACGCCGGAUUCGGGACCCAAUUCGCCGCCCUCGGCAGCCGCACUGGCGGUGGGCGUGGUCGGGAGCCGCGGCUCCCCGACGAGUGCGCCCAUCCAGGAGGAGAACGAGGAGGGCAGCCAGUACCAGCCGGGUCAGCGGAGCAGCAUCAACGACCUCCCUCUGUUCAGUUCGCCAUCGCUGCCGAACAUCUCGCUGGGUCGUCCGCAUUUACCCAACUCUGCGCAGGCGCACGCCCAAGUGGCUGCCCAGGCUCAGGCCCAAGCCCAAGCCCAGGCCCAAGCUCAGGCCCAAGCUCAGGCUCAGGCCACCGCCCAGGCGAACUACGUGAUGUUCGCUGCACUGCAUCAGCAUGUGGCCGCCGCCCAGGGAGCAGCCGGCGCCGCUGGCGGAUCAGCCGGCGGGGCUGGCCAACCGCCCGGCGGCUACUACAAUCCCCUGGCGAUGGCCAGCUUCGUGGGUCGCCAGCCGGCACCGCUGGCCAUGAUCCCAUCGACGGGCAUUGCACCGCAGCAACCGUCGCCGGUGGUGCGCAGUGCCUCGGCCACAUCGACGUCCUCGUCGCAGGCCUCACUUGUGGGCGAUGUGGCGCCACCGCAGGCGCACGCCGCCUCCACCAUUCUGCCCUCGUCCUCGUCGUACAUGCACCAGCUGGCCGCCAGCAGCUCGGCCGUCAAGAUCCAUGCCGCCGCCGUUGCCGCAGCUGCAGCUGCUGCCGCCGCCGCGGGCUCACUGCCGCCCACAAAUCACGGAUCGCCGCACGCCGCCCAUCCCACGGCCCACGGCCAUGGGCAUGGUGGUCAUGGUCAUGCGGCCCUGUACGGGCACAGCCAUCUGGGCCACCACCAGCACACCGUGCCCAUCACGGACGCCCAGGUGGCGCAGGUGCACCUCCACAAGCAGGGACACCGGCCGCUGGGUCGCACCCAGUCGGCGCCACUGCCACUGGGGCAUCCCAUGCUCACCGGAGCCGGCCAGCUGAACGUCGUCCAGACGCACUACGAGAACAGCGAGGCGGAGCGGCAGGCGUACGAGCACCAGGUGCUGAACCAGAAGCUCCGCCAGACCGUCCUCACCCGGAGUGGAGCAGCUGCAGCCGCAGCAGCCGCAGCCGGAGUCGGAGUCGGAAUGCGGGAGGCGCAGCUGAAGGAGGAGGAGGACGACUCCGCCGCCGAGGUGAUGGACCUCACCGACAAGAAGAAGCCGCCGAAGACGGUGCUCACCAGCACGAUAGCCACCAGCACCUCGCAGAAUCUUCCCGAUGCUCUGGCGGCGGCGGUGGCAGCGGCUGCCUAUCGCGCUCCACCCGCGACGGGCGCUUCGAUCAAGUCGGGCAUAAAGCUGCGCGACCAGGAGUACUUGCAGCAGCAGCGGGAACAACUACUCCAGCUGCAGCAGGAGGAGGAGCUGGCCAAGGGCCUGAUGCGACCCCUCUCAAGGACUCUGAGCAGUCCCCUGGUGCCGCUGGGUCCGCACGGCUUGAGCUCCGGAAUACCGGACACCGGACAGCAGCCGGCACCGAUAGCCACCUCUUCGUCGGCCGAUCACAUACCGCCCGUCAAUCUCUCGCUGCCGCAUCGCCAGCACCGCCAGCUGAUGAGCACCUUGUACGCCGGCAAGCUGCGGAUUCAUCAUCACCAGCAGCAGCAGCAGCAGCAACAGCAGACGCCACCGCCACCUUCAUCGAGUGUUUCGCCACCGCAUAAGGUCACUACGGGAUUGGCCUACGAUCCUUUGAUGCUGAAGCACUCGUGCAUCUGCGGGGACAACGCCCAGCAUCCGGAGCACAGUGGCCGCUUGCAGAGCGUCUGGGCGCGACUCAACGAGACCGAUCUUGUCAAGCGUUGCGAUCGGUUGCGUGCGCGGAAAGCCACGCAGGAGGAACUGCAGACGGUGCACACGGAGGCGCAUGCCAUGCUGUUCGGCUCCAACCAGUGCCAGUUGAGCCGGCCCAAGUUGGAGAACACGCUGUCGGCGAGCUUCGUUCGGCUUUCCUGCGGUGGACUGGGCGUGGACCUGGACACCACGUGGAACGAGCACCACACGGCCACCGCUGCUCGGAUGGCCGCUGGCUGUGUGAUCGACUUGGCCCUGAAGACGGCCAAGGGGGAUCUGCGCAAUGGCUUUGCUGUUGUGAGGCCUCCGGGCCACCAUGCCGAGGCCAAUCUGGCCAUGGGAUUCUGCUUCUUCAACUCGAUCGCCAUCGCGGCCAAGCUGCUGCGUCAGCGGAUGCCCGAGGUGCGGCGCAUCCUCAUCGUCGACUGGGAUGUGCACCAUGGCAAUGGCACUCAGCAAGCAUUCUACCAAAGUCCCGACAUUCUAUAUCUUUCCAUACAUCGACACGAUGACGGUAACUUCUUUCCCGGCACAGGCGGACCCACAGAGUGCGGAUCCGGUGCUGGACUCGGCUUCAACGUGAACAUCUCAUGGUCCGGGGCGCUGAAUCCGCCGCUGGGCGACGCCGAGUAUAUCGCUGCAUUCCGUACCGUUGUGAUGCCCAUCGCACGGAGCUUCAAUCCGGACAUUGUGCUGGUCUCCUCCGGCUUCGAUGCGGCCACCGGACACCCGGCACCGCUCGGCGGCUAUCAUGUCUCGCCGGCGUGCUUCGGCUUCAUGACCCGCGAACUCCUCCAGCUGGCCAAUGGCAAGGUGGUGCUCGCCCUGGAGGGCGGCUACGAUCUGGCCGCCAUCUGUGAUUCCGCCCAGGAGUGCGUGCGUGCCCUGCUCGGCGAUCCGGCAUCGCCGAUAGCCAAGGCGGAGCUGGAAAGGCCGCCCUGCCAGAACGCCAUCAAUACGCUCCAGAAAACGAUAGCCAUUCAGCAAACGCACUGGCCUUGUGUGAGGAUGCUGGAGCACACGGUGGGUCUGUCCGCUCUGGAGACGCUCAAGGUGGAGCACGACGAGUCCGAGACCAUCAACGCCAUGGCCGGACUCUCCAUGCAGUCGAUGCACAGAACUCUAUCCCGCGAUGACUCCGAGGAGCCGAUGGAUCAGGAUGAAACCAAAUAGGAGGCGACGCGGGCGGCGGAACUUGAGGAGGCGGUGGGCGUGGCUGGGGAAGGAAUGGCGAAGGGGGCGUGGCCGCAAGCUGCUCAAUGCACAUUUAGUUAUUUGUUGUAGUUGAAUUGAUUGUUGUUGCUGUUGUUGUUGUGGCGCUCGCUUUCAAUUGUUGUCGUUGUCAUUGAUCGUCUAUAGCCACAUCCAUCUCUCUCUUUCGAUCGCAAGCGAUAUCCCUAUUAAAUUCCCAAUCCCUUAAAUUGAAAUGCCCCUCCGCAAAAAAAAAGAGAAACAUCGAAAAUAUUGUAGGGAAAAAAUGGUUAAAGAAGCAGAACAGGGCCUAAAGUUCAAAAUGGUGGCUGUGCCUCCAAAAAGAAAUAAUUAUAAAUAAUUAGAGCAACAAAAAUAACCCCGAGAAACUGGGUAAUUUUUUUUAUGAAUAUAUAGUAUAUGGUGAGAAUUUAGUUGUAGAAUUCCUUGAGAGAUUUUUUUUUUUUUUUUUUUUUUUAAGGGUAGAGGAGAGGUAUUUUACGCACACACACAAACACACGCAACUCAAUGUAUCUUAUUAUUAUUACUAUUAUUAUAAUUUAAGUAAGUGUGUUAAAAUGGAUAUAGAACUACUAACCUAAUGGUAAAUCAGUAAACUAUAAAGUUAAACUUAAAAGGAGAUCAGGUGCAAGAAGCGUGUGUUUUUAUGUAAGGUUCAACCUCGAAGUCCCUAAGAAUAUAAAAUCCCCACCACGCCCACUCUUCCGCCACCCUUUUUAAACAGAUCGAGAGAGAGAGAGAGGAGAAGGGAGGGGAUUACGUGUUAUGUAGAAUGCUUUAGUUGAUAUAAGAGAAUAUGAGAGAACUUAACAGCUAACAAGUUGAAAGGAAAGGCGAAAAACUGAGAAAUCUUUUUGUACAAUUUAUAGUUUAGUGCAAGUUUCAAGUACAACAUAAUAUUAUUUAAAGAAUUCUAUAUAUAUCUAAAUAUAUAUAUUGUGCAAUAAAUGUGAGAAAAUGAAAAUCGAGUGCAGAGCAAAAACAAAAACACACAAAAACAGAAACUAAAACUAAAACGAAUAAGAGAAAAUUGUUGUUAAAUGUUGCCGAGAUCUUAUAUACGUAUGUAUACCCAAUAACUGUUACAAUAAUAACCCUUUAUAUAUAUGAGUAUAUAUAAAUAUAUAUACAUAAAUGCACAUGUGUAUUCACCGUGUGUAUAACGAUAACGAUGUUCAACAAAUGUCUGAAAUGAAGUAAAACUAUUAUUAUAUGUAAAUAAAACACAAAACAAAGUGAACCAUUUUAAUAAAAAAAACGAGAGAAAAAAACAAACACCUUAAAACAUUUACGCUCACACACACAUACACAUAUACACGGCCUGGGCAGGACCCGAAAGGCGUGAAUCGGGUAAAGUCUGGAAUACCCGUUUAAACGCUAACCGUUAACUGUAAUACCGCUGUAAUUGUAUUUGUACUCGUGUACCUUUUGCUGUCUAUAGCCGUCUCUCUCUAAACCGCUACCUUAUUGUAAAGGAGCAAGUCAAAAAUCGGAAAAUAACGGAGCAACAGUCCAAGGAUCAAAAAAAUAAGUAAGGAAAAUGGAACAAGAACAAGAUGAUGAUUAAGAAGGAGAAGCACAACGAGAGAUGGACCGAUUGGCUCCAACUGGAAGAAACAAUUGUUAACAAAACGAAACAGAAACUUAAAACUAAACUUACAAAAUAAAAUCUCAACAAUGUAACUAUUAAGCUAAGCUAAAAAGAGGCCAUUGGCAGGGCUUUUAAAAAUUUAUAUUUUCUUCCCCUUUACGUUUUUAACACAGAGAAUAUGGUUAGGCAUUAAGAUUUGUAAACUUUUUAACGGUUAAAAAAUAUUUUUCGAACCUUUUAAUAUAGGCUAACACAUUUUUAUUUAUCAGUUUGCUGUUUUAAAACGAUUACGUUUCUAAAGCCAAGAAUUUAGAUACUUUACCCAAAAUACAAAUUAAAAAUUGAGGUUGAAGUUACCAUUGUUUCGACAGUCUGUAUCAGAUAAAGAAGUCUUUACCGUUAUAAAUUUAUAAAACUGUUAAUAUCCAUAUUCUGUGUGUCCAAUCUUUGCUUCUCCCUAUAAUUCUUUUUCGGUUAUCUUAUUAUAAUUUGGUAAUGGCCUAGGGGUUAUCUAAAAAUUCCUACCCCCACCACCCGUUUACCUCUCUUAAUUGCGAGUUUUUCUGAAAAACCUUAAACUGAUAACAAAACAUUUAAAUAACUGUACUAACAAAAAGAAAUAUUGUUGCUGCGCACUGCAAAAAAAUGUAUUCCGUAAGCUGGGAAAUAGUUACAAAUGGUUUUAUCAAAACGAAAUCAAAUAUUUAUAUUUUGUUUAUUGUUGCACAAAUAAGUCCAAGAAACAGAAAAAAAAGAGUAAUAAUGUGUGUCGCUUUUUCUAAAUGAAAUAAAAUGAAGAAAUCGUCAA